CCUAAUUUCUGGAAGCGAGGAUGGCAGGACAGCGAGGAGGUGAGGAGGCAAGGGAGAUGGCGGUCUGGCGGCGGCGGGGAAGCCGGAAGGUGGCGGAGCCGCGGAGGACUGGGAAACACUGGUCACGCGUCGCGGCGUCGGCGAGGGAAGGGAGACUGGGAGGGAUGGAGGGUGAGGGACUCAGGGCCAGGUCGCCGUCGCUGGAAGCUCGUCGCCGUCGUCGUCAGCAGAAGGAGCGGCGUACGGCGAAGACGAGAGGUGGCUGCGCGCAGGGUCUGCUCUCUCUGGCCUCUGCGAUUUCGAAAUGAAGAAGAAAAGAGAAGGGUGGCGGCUGGGUCGCUGCUGCGGGCGCUGGACAGGUAUUUUAAAGAAACUAGGGCAUAAGAAUUGGUGGUCAAAUAAAAUGACGUAGUUUUGGGGUUCGGUAUCGGUAUUACCGAUUUAUCGUCGGUAUUUAUCGAUACCGGAUUCGGUAAAUCGACACACCCAAUUCCCCGCUCGGCCGUCAAUACCGCCGAUAAACGGUUUACCGGCUUACCGUUUGUCACCCCCUACGUUCACUAUCUAUCUCCAAAUCCAAGAACCAAAAGCAGACGGAUUGACAUCUCAAAUUGACCGUUGCCUAAUUGUAUCUCUAGUCCAAGGGAUCCCAUAAUAAGGGUAAAUUGUACCUAAAUACGAUUUUUGAUAACCUUUUUAUAUUAGGAGAACAGAGAAGAUAAUGAAUUUUAGUAAAGUGA